AAACAACAGAAAAAAAUCAUCACAGUUGGAUUUUCAUUCUAUGCUUUCUUAAAAGACACUCAUGAACACUAUGAAUCUUAACUAUCUGCUCAUAACUUGAAUGGGUUAAUGAAAGUUUACAAGAAAACUUUAGAUUUGCUUCACUAUCAAGUUAUGGGCUACAGUACACGUAUGAGUGUACAUCACCUGAGUGAGUGUCCAUUCAUCAGCUGAUGGUGUUCUUUACACUCAUCAGGUACUUUGUCAUUAUAGAAAAUGUCUGCAAUGCAUACAUUUAGUGCAUACAAGUUAUUCCAGUCACGCAUGCAUGAAUGAAUGAAUGCUUUAUUUAACAUGGACAUAUGCUUAGCUUGAGAGCUAGUUUACAACUAGUUUUAUUGACUUCUUGUAAUUGUAACAACAGGAAAUUGAAAAGAAACAAACAAUUGAGAGUGGCCAAGUCAAUUGUUUCUUAUUUUUAACUGAAUUUUACUUAAGGCAGACAAAUCCCCCCAAUUAUACUGGGGAUGGUAAAUGGUAAAUGCGAAACUUGCGAGCAGACGAGUCUAGUGUUUUUCUUUGCGAGCCCGACACAUUUUGACCUCUUCAGUGAUGAGACUGAGACUUCAAAGUGGUUUAAAUGCAAGCUAUAGACGUUCAGGUUCUAAGACCUUUCAGUAUGUCAUUUAAACUUGUAUAAAAAUAUAACUAAUUGCUACUUUGAGACGUUCUCAGCUUGGAAAAAAUCGAGACUGCGAGACGCACAUAACAGCUUAAAAAACUAGACUGCAAGACCCAUGGUCUUUGAAGGAUCAUUUGCCACCCCUUAUAUUCAACUAUUCACACUGCAUACAUUAAAGCAAGCAUAUAAGAUCAGUGUACAUGAAUAAAUUAUCACUUUGGCUCAACUGCCGUACGGUGAGGGUUGUUUUUUCCGUUCCUCGUAUUUCCUUUUCUUAUUGUAUGGUGGAUGUACAGUAUCCUGCGGGACAAGGAGCCCCAGCUCAAGCUGCUCUACUGGUUGCCCAAGGAAUUCAGCCAGCUGACAAACUCGCAGCUCAUGGAGCUGAAGCAGCUGGUGGUCAAGUAGCUCAAGUAGUUCAACAAGUUGUCGGACAGGAGGCUUUAUCAGCUGCCGAACACAUGGCUCAGGAAAGUCAACCAGCCGUGGCACAAGUAACUCAACAAGCUGUGGGACAAGCUCAACACAGAGAGCUUGAGACUAUAAAGAAGAGCUUUGCUGACCUCCAAAAGUCACUUGAUGAAGUGACAAGGCUCUCAGUGGCUACUGUAAUAAGGAAGAUGUUGGAUUAUGCAGCACGGCUGCUCUCUGAGUUCAAUAAGUUUGAGGCGAUAGACAUCCUAGAAACCCUCCAGAAUACAUCCCGGGAUAAUCAGGAUGAGAAACGUGAAUUCUACCGUUUGGUGUACCAGACAGCUGGAAGGAAAGUGGACCUUCAAAAAGAGCACUUCUGGGCUCUGGUUCUACGCCUUCUAGGGGAUAAAGAUCACACUAAAGUGUAUGAAGCAGUCGCAAAGGUGGAUAAAGCAAUGGGCACAGGGGACCCAUGGUCUGGUUUGCCUCACCGUCGGCGUAGUAGUGACAUUCUGUACAAGGGGCAUGGCAUGGGAAGUAGCGCUUCAGUCCAAUGCUAUUUUUGUGGAAAGCUCGACCACAUUAUGGCAAGGUGUUAUGCGAGGAGGGAUAUGCAGCAAAGGCCCCUGGUGACCCGUGGUCGUGCUAGGGACAAAAAGUAAUAAAGAGGCAAGGCGUGUUUUUUUUCUUUUGUUCCAGAAAUACGAAUAUAUUCUCUUUGUUGAUUGUAGCAUGUACAAUAAAAUGGAUGUUGGAGUUGACUGUUGUUUGAUUUAAUGCGAUGCCAGGCGUCGUGUUAGGUUAACAAAGUUCUACAUGAGGGUGUUCAAGUGAGCCACUAAACGCAGCAGAGGAGUGAAAUGAACAUAUGCUUCUAUACCUACUUAAAUCCAAUACUCCUCUUUCUCUCCCUUUUUGGAUUUGCCCUUGGUGCGAAUAUCCCUUUCUUUUCACCUUCCCGUAUUUUACUUUGUCUGUACUCUGGUCACAUAAAGUUGAGAGUUUUGAAAACGGGGUAUCUCAAAUCCUUCCCGGUCAUACUGGAUCAAAGCUGUCCUCUCUCUCUGCUAACUUGUGUGGGGUUUUUGUAUAUGUAAAUAAGAUUCCUUUUACCUCUUUUCUUUUUCCCCUUUGGGCGAUAUUCUGGUCAUGGGAAAAAGAUGAUAACUUUGGCAACUUUAUAGAUAACGUUGAUGUUUGCGCAGGUGCGAUACAGUGGGUAGACAUAAGGGGAAACCCUGUAUCGAUCAGCAGUGAGUGGACAGGAAAUAACCGGUUGGGACAGAAAGCCUGUCUAAUUGAAAAGGGAGAGGUCAUUGGGCACAUAGAUGAGCUUGAUAAGGAUUGUUGCGUCGAUGUAAUGAUUGACAAUCUGGCGGUCAAGUAUGCGUGGAAUAAUCAAGGGGGUGGAGGCAGCGUGGCCGAGUGGUUUAGGGCGCUGGAUUUGAAAUCUGGAGGUCCCUGGUUCAAAUCCUCCACCCUACCGCUAUCUGGAUGUGUUCUCGGUAGCCUCCUCAACCGCAUUGAGUAAAUAGCCAACUGGUCAGCCUCCCACCAGUUGGGAUUCUUAAUAGUUUAUGUUAUAUUUGAAAUAUUUGUUU